AUACUUCAAGGUGUGCUUCUUCAGGUAGCCCAUCUUGCGGUCUCUAUGCCUUUAAAUGUCAAGCACGGUGCUGGGCGGAGGGCGGACCGCGUGGCGCGCGUGAGCAUCCGGUGAUUGGCCAUCACCGGCGCACAGCGAGGGACGCGCGCUGAUGCGGGAGUGGACGGGUACGCCACCGCUGCUGCAAUCUCAAGCCUGCUCGAACACGCGGGUGAUAACCUUCAUCAGCGCUCACACCAAAGCCUGUUCUUGAUUCUGGAUCUAAAAACGCAUUUUGAGGAAUGUAUUAUGGAUUAUAAUGCGUCUGGAUAUUUUUGCCUCAUUUAAGCUGAGGACCUGAGGAGGAAGCGUAACCGUGGCGAUCCCGGAGACCUGAUCCAGAAGGCACCAUGAGGAGCGUGCUGUUCUUUACACAGAUGAGAGGCAGCGCCAAGGAACCCGGCUCCCCGAGCCUCUGUCACACAACCUGUGCUGUUUAAACACACACACACAUACACACACAUACACGCACACACACACACACAUAAACACCUCAAUAAGCGUAGAUCUGUUGGUACAGCCAACAGAUCCCUCAGAGGAUACGCCUCAGUCCAGCUCAAACGCGGCUGACCCUAUACUUCCCUCUCGUCCUCUUUGAGGUCCUUCUUUGUGGGAGUGGGAGAGAGAUCCCCCCUUGGCCUAAGAGGGCAGCUGGAGAGUCGUGCGAUGUAAACUGCCACAUGACUCUGCCAUUUUGUCUAUUUAGGUUCUGAAUUCACAUCUCUUUGGUCUCUCUUUCGCACAGAUUUUGUCACCCUUUUGGAAGACCUCUACUUACACUAACACACACACACACAUACACCCAUACAUACACAUUCACACACACACACACAGAGACACACACACAUACACACCCACACACUUGCAAACCUUUGGGGCGCAGCUAUAUACACUGUUGGAUAUACUGUGGAAUAUACUCAAUCCCAUGAGCCUACGGGUGAAGUCAAUGGUUGCUCGCUGCCGUUGCGGAUUAUAACUCUGCCCUGCGUGCCCAGCUCCCUCACCAUGGGUCCCCUCUUUGCCCCCCUGAAGCGGCAGCUCCUGCUGGGCGCUCUGCUAGGCGCCUGCCUGGGCCCGGGUCCCUGCCUGGGCCUGGAGUUUGCGGGCCAAACCGGCCAGUGGGCGCGCUUCCUGCGCUGGGACGCCAGCACCCGCGGCGAGCUCAGCUUCCGCUUCCAGACCAACGCGUCCACGGCGCUGCUGCUCUACUUCGACGACGGCGGCUACUGCGACUUCCUGCAGCUGAUGGUGGUGGAGGGGCGGCUGCAGCUGCAGUUCAGCAUCGACUGCGCCGAGACGACCGUGGUGUCGGAUCGCCGGGUCAGCGACGGCGCCUGGCACCUGGCCACGCUCGGCCGCUUCCACCUGCGCACGGCGCUGGGCUUGGACGGCAUGGUCAAGGCGGACGAAGUGCGCCCUCUGCGCCCGCUGCGCCAGUACAUGAAGGUGGUCAGCGACCUCUUCCUGGGCGGCGUGCCGCAGGACAUACGGCCGGCCGCGCUCACACUGCCCACCGUCAAAGAGCUGCCGCCGUUCCGCGGCCUGCUCACCGACCUCAAGUACGGCAGCAAGGUGCCCACACUGCUGGGCAGUCAGAAGGUGCGUCUGGACAUGGAGGGCAUUUGCGCCAUCAACCCCUGUGAGAACGGAGGCAGUUGCUCCGUCGUGGACGGGGAACCGCUCUGCGACUGUUCCAAGACGGAGUACAUUGGCCGGUUCUGCAAUGAAGAGGUCAACGCCAUCCCAGGUUUGGCCCACAUGAUGAUGGCAGAACAAGCCAAAAGCAAAGCGAGGGAAGAGAACGUUGCCACGUUCCGUGGUUCCGAGUACUUCUGCUACGACCUCUCCCAGAACCCUAUCCAGAGCAGCAGCGACGAGAUCACGCUCUCCGCUUCCUUCAAGACGUGGCAGCGUAACGGCCUCAUCCUGCACACGGGCAAGUCGGCCGACUACGUCAACCUGGCACUGAAGGACGGCGCCGUCUCGCUCGUCAUCAACCUGGGCUCCGGCGCCUUCGAGGCCAUCGUGGAACCUGUCAACGGCAAAUUCAACGACAACAGCUGGCACGACGUCAAAGUCACGCGCAACCUGCGACAGGUGACGAUAUCUGUGGACGGCAUCCUCACAACGACGGGGUACACCCAGGAGGACUACACCAUGCUGGGCUCAGAUGAUUUCUUCUACGUGGGAGGAAGCCCAAGCACUGCCGACCUGCCUGGAUCCCCUGUCAGCAACAACUUCAUGGGCUGCCUAAAGGAGGUUGUCUACAAAAACAAUGACAUCCGGCUGGAGCUCUCCCGUCUGGCUCGGAUUGCUGACCCCAAGAUGAAGAUCCAGGGCAAUGCCAACUUCAAGUGUGAGAACGUGGCCACCCUGGACCCCAUCUCGUUCGAGACGCCUGAGGCCUACAUCAGCCUGCCCAAGUGGAAUACCAAGCGCAUGGGCUCCAUCUCCUUCGACUUCCGCACCACCGAGCCCAACGGCCUCAUCCUCUUCACACACGGCAAGCCGCAGGAGCCCAAGGACGUGCGCAGCCAGAAGAACACCAAGGUGGACUUCUUCGCCGUGGAGCUGCUGGACGGCAGCCUGUACUUGCUGCUGGAUAUGGGCUCUGGGACCAUCAAGGUGAAAGCCACGCAGAACAAGGUGAACGACGGGACCUGGUACCACGUGGACAUCCAGCGAGACGGACGAGCCGGAACCAUAUCGGUGAACAGCCGCCGCACCCCCUUCACGGCCAGCGGAGAGAGCGAGAUCCUUGACCUGGAGGGCGAGAUGUACCUGGGGGGUCUCCCGGAGAGCCGCGCUGGCCUCGUCCUGCCCACGGAGCUGUGGACCGCCAUGCUCAACUACGGCUACGUGGGCUGCAUCCGCGACCUGUUCAUCGACGGCCGCAGCAAGGACAUCCGGCAGAUCGCCGAGAACCAGAACGGCGCCGGCAUCAAGCCCACGUGCAACCGGCUCUCGGGCAAGCAGUGCGAAAGCUACCCGUGCAAGAACAAGGGCGUGUGCAAGGAGGGCUGGAACCGCUUCAUCUGCGACUGCACCGGCACCGGCUACUGGGCGCGGACCUGCGAGAGAGAGGCGUCCAUCUUGAGCUUCGACGGCAGCAUGCACAUGAAGGUGGUGAUGCCGUCGGUGAUGCACACCGAGGCGGAGGACGUGUCCCUGCGCUUCAUGUCGCAGCGGGCCUAUGGCCUGCUUAUGGCCACCACCUCCCGCGACUCCGCAGACACCCUCCGCCUCGAGCUCGACGGCAGCCGCGUCAAGCUCACGGUCAACUUAGACUGUAUCAGGAUAAACUGUAACUCCAGCAAAGGACCCGAGACCCUGUAUGCCGGGCAAAAGCUCAAUGACAAUGAGUGGCAUACCGUGCGUGUGAUCCGAAGGGGUAAAAACUACAAGCUCUGGGUUGACGACGACGUAGCUGAAGGUCAGAUGGCAGGCGACCACACACGGCUGGAGUUCCACAACAUCGAGACGGGCGUGAUGACGGAGCGCCGCUUCGUCUCCAUGAUCCCGUCCAGCUUCAUUGGCCACCUGCAGAGCCUUAAGUUCAACGGCAUGCUCUACAUCGACCUGUGCAAGAACGGCGACAUCGACUUCUGCGAGCUUAACGCCCGCUUCGGCAUGCGCUCCAUCAUCGCUGACCCCGUGACCUUUAAGACCAAGACCAGCUAUCUGAGCCUGCCCACCCUGCAGGCCUACGCCUCCAUGCACCUCUUCUUCCAGUUCAAGACCACCUCCCCCGACGGCUUCAUCCUCUUCAACAGUGGAGAUGGCAACGAUUUCAUAGCAGUUGAGCUGGUGAAGGGGUACAUCCAUUAUGUCUUUGACCUUGGCAACGGCCCCAAUGUCAUUAAGGGCAACAGUGACAGGGUCCACGACAACCAGUGGCACAAUGUGGUCAUCACCCGCGACAACAACAACGUCCACACUCUGAAGGUCGACGCCAAGGCAGUGAGUCAAGCAGUCAACGGGGCCAAAAACCUGGACCUGAAAGGUGACCUCUUUAUCGCUGGACUGGGGCCCGGCAUGUACAACAGCCUUCCCAAGCUGGUGGCCUCUCGGGACGGCUUCAAAGGCUGCCUGGCGUCAGUGGACCUGAACGGGCGGCUCCCGGACCUGAUUAACGACGCACUGUUCCGCAGCGGGCAGAUCGAGCGUGGAUGCGAAGCAUCCACCAGUGAACUUGGUUUCACCAAAGCAGACCUACAAGGUCCUAGCACCACGUGCCAGGAGGACUCGUGCGCCAACAUGGGCAUCUGUAUCCAACAGUGGGAGAACUACACCUGCGACUGCUCCAUGACGUCCUACACCGGCACGAACUGCAACGAUCCUGGAACCACGUACAUCUUCGGCAGAGGAGGAGGUCAGAUCAUGUUCAGCUGGCCGGCCAACGAGAGGCCCAGUACGCGCACGGACCGACUGACCGUGGGGUUCAGCACAUCGCUCAAAGAUGGCAUCCUGGUGCGCAUAGACAGCGCCGAGGGCCUGGGAGACUACAUCAUGCUUCACAUCCUUGUGACUUUGACAGGGAAUUACGGUACCCACCAAGUGGCAGCUGUCUCUGGGUCAGACCCAUGCCAGGGCAGGGCCAGACCCUGGUGCAGUAUGUGGGCCGGAUGCGGGCCGGAUGCUCUCUGGAGCCAUGGCUCCUCCAGCCAGUGA